GAACAAAUGAAAUACACUUCUACGAGUAUCUUAAUGAUUACAUUCUCAUGAGUGCUUUCUUGUGGUUCAGUGAAGCAGUUCUUCUGCCUGUUUUCAAAUGAUAUGCAUUAUAACUGCCGACCAAUCACGUGUUAGGAUUUGCCUACCUUUCAUUCACGUUUAUGUGCACCACAUUGUUGUUGUAUUAUCAACUAAUCCAUGUCUUCCAUAGCUGUUCAAACAGAGGAGACAGCUAAUGAAACUAUUGUUGAUUCUUCUAUCUGCAAUGUUCUCUUCACCCAGAUUUUGUCUAUCCUAGAUGACGAACAGAACAAAUUUUAUUAUGAUAUAUCAGAAAGCUAUAUUGAUUUUCCUCAUAAACUGACUACCAAUACUGGUGAUGGAUGUAACACAAAUGGAAUAUUUGAAGUCCAAGAAACUUAUCCAGACGAUGGAACAGCGGAGAUCCAAGUAAAUAAUGGUAACACAGAAGAAAUGACUAUCGCUGAAUUGGAAAGAUCCCUUCAAAUAUCUGAAUCUCGUCUAAGAACUAACUUGAAUGAGUUGAAUAAAAUCACAUCGGCAUUAUCAUCAACUUCAAAUUCGUCAACAUCAUCUACAGAACACAUUAAAGAAUGGUUAAAUUCUACUGAAGGUCAUCAUAAUAAUUCAACUUUGAAUAGUCCAGGAGUUGAACUAGUGGGUAGUGAAAAUAGGAAUAAUUCAGUCACCGACUUUGAAAUGGAUGGGAUUUGA